AGUCUUUGUUACAUCAGGCAGCAAGAGGCCCAAUUGUUGAUACAUCUACCCGACCCGGCCCAACACUCCCUCCUCUUCCACACAUAUCCAACAACCCAAUACGCCGCCGUUUGCCGAACUGAUUUCGGUUUCGAUUUCUUUUUUGCGGCGCUUCAGCUGGGGUCGUCUCCAGUCACAGCUCCAUUGAAACACAGGAGCUGUUUUGUGUGCAGUCAAGUGCUUUAUUGAUUAUAUUCCAUCAUUAUGGAUGCUCCGAAUGAACUGAGCUACAAACCACCCCCAGAAUUUGAGGAGGUCAAAAAGGAUUCGCUUAUCCAUCUUGACAUUACAGACUCAACUGAGCUCUGGCUAAUACAGUGGCCCUUUAAUCAACAUCCAGUUCUUGAUGGGCAAGAGGUUUCAUUGAAGCCCCAUCAUGAUGGGCAUAUGGGGAGCUUUGAGGAUUCAUCUGGUAAAUCAUAUGAUGUGGUCAGUUGUAGAGCGCAGGACCCAGAUGCGGUGGUCUUUCUAUCUUCUGAGUUCGAGACAAAAAUUGCUGGCAAAAUUUCACGGCGUGUUUCCCUUGUCCAUUACCCGGAACCAAGUGAACUUAAACAGAACAGCAUAAACUUGAAGCAGAUGAUGGCUCAAAGAUCGUCUGCUACUACAUUGACCAAUUCAUCUCGUCGCUUUGCAACUCCUACUCAAAGUACUAGGACACGGAGUAUUAUGCAAUCGGGGAGUUCAUCCAAAUCUACCAAGAGAAAACACAGUGAUGGCCUCCCUGCAAAACCCAAUGACCAAGCUGUUCAAGAUUCAGGAAAAAGCGGUCAUAGUGCCUUGACCUCAUCAGGUUCCUUCGAUCAAUCUAAAGAUCAAAAAUCAAAGAAGAAAAGGAAAAUCGACCGUUGAAGCAAAAGCAUUGCCUCAAAGUGUUCUGAAUCGAAUUCUUUUUGGUUAAAGAAUCUCUUUCCAGCCGUUCUAGAACAACUGCACGCUUUAACGAUUCAACCAUGGAUGCAAAAUCUUCUGUGGCCCAGGUAAACUACUUUACAGGAAACCCAAACACAAGAGCACUUUAUUCAUAAAGAUUGAUUCGUUGUUUUGCGACGUCGAUUUCUCUGUUAUGUUAGUUUUAGAACAAAAACACAGUUGAGGUUUUUGCACCAUAGCUAGUGUGCCUUGUUAUGAAUUUAUAUAUACAUUUUGACCUGCUCAUUUUUAUGAGAUUAAUCUCCCAAUGGAAUUUCUCUAGAGAAUUGUUGACAAAAGCUAAA